AUUUUCUUCGUACGAUGGUAUUAAUGGCAUCAUCUAUAUAAAUAAGGUUACAUUAUCUUUAUUGAAGUUUUGUUUACAAAUUUUGUAAGUUGAAUUAAGAUCUCUCUAACGACUGUUUUACUACAAUUAUAUAUAUAAUAAAACCGAUAAUACCUUUGUGACACACGUCAAAAAAUCACGAUGAAGCAAAAAACAAAUAUUACAUUCUGUAUGAAAUGAAGCGUGCUGGCAAGAAUUAAUCGGGUUUGUCCUCAAUACCGAGCGCAAGGCAGCUAGCCGAUGUGACCUGCAGCUUCUGUAUGACAAUGCUCCGGCUGAUCACAAGUACAUCACCGUACGAGAAUUUCUCGCUUCCAAAUUAGUCGUAGUCCCUAAUCAUCCCCCAUAUUCAGCAGAUUUGGCACCAUGUGACUAUUUUUUAUUCCCAAAGCUAAAAUGAAUUAAGCUAAAAGGAAAGCAGUUCGACACUAUUUUGGACAUUCAAAAGGUUUCGAACGAGGCCAUUUCGACUAUUUCAAAAAAAGACUUUUAGCGGAAUUUUUUAAAUCUAUACGACCGUUGUAAACAAUGUAUUUCUUCGGAAGGGAUGUAUUUCGAAUGAUUAUAAGUAAGAUUGAUGCAUUCGUGGAAGAUAGUAAGGAUAUACGCAGAAUUUGUGCAGCACAAUUUGAAAAUCAGUUACAAAACUCUUGGGAAAAUCUUCAACAAAUUCUGUCGGAUUAUCAAAAUAAAACGAAGUUUCGUAGAAAAUGUUACGAGGCACUUAAAGACAAGGACGAGAAAGACCAGCAAGUAAUAGCGCAACAAUUAUUACGUACAGCGAGUCUUUUCGAGGAAAUACGAAAGUUUCGAAGUAAAAUAACGAUAUAUGAUUCUACAGCCAAGAAAAAAACUUCCGAAAUUCUGACGGAACACGACUUCUUCCAGAAAGCUUCUUGGACCGUAAAAAAUCGUCUCCUCUCAGAACUGAUGAAAGAUAAGAAUCAAUUAAAGAUAUUGUCGAUCAAAUAUAACAAGAUAAAAAAACAUUUAGAGCAUCUUGUAAUUAAAGGCAAACGACUACUUACGUUGAUGCAAAUCUGUCGUAAAUAUGAAACGCAAAACGAGAAAAUAAUUGCAUUUGUUGAUCAUACGGAGUUGGAAAACUUACAGACUCUUUCACUGCAUCAAAACUUUGCUUUAUUAGACUGGAAUAUGUCCCGCCAGAUUACAGAUUUUCAAGAUUUGGCAAAUUUUUGGCGACGAUUUGGUAUUGUGCAAAUAAUAACUACGCAAUUGCGAUCAGAAAGGGAUAAAUUGAAGGCUGAGGCCAGUCAUCUACGCGAAUGUAUCGGUUCUUACAUGAUGCAGAAAGAGUCACAAAAAAAGAAUUAAAAAAGUACACUGAGAGAUUCACUACUGACAUCAUGUUGGAUAAUUAACAAUUAUGAUAAUUUUUAUUAUACUUUAUACAACUGAAAAAUAACAUCAUUACUGGUUUUAAAUAUAAAUGCAAAACUGCAGCGGCGUUUUUUAUUUUACUUGUUUUUGUAUGCAAUACGCAAUGAUGUUUUAUUUGUAUAAAAUGUAACACUAUAAUAGUUUAAUCAAACUAGUAUCAAGUUUUAGCUUAAGUCUAGAUAUGUGGAAUUACAAUUCCAGUUUAUCGAUAGUACCGGUGAUCAUUAGCGCUGAUAUAAAACAAAUUGUUUAAUUAUUAAACAAUCUAGACUAUAGCAAAGUAAAAAUACAAUAAACAAAGUAAACAAUAUAUGUUUUAUGAUUUAUGUACAUUUGUGACAAAUGAAAAAACUGCGCAAUACAAUGUUUUUUUCACGU